CGGCCAGACCCGGCUUGAGCAGCCGCAGUCCGAGCAGACGCCACCGCCACAGCAGCCGUAGCCCCAGUCAAGGGGCCGUAGGAGGCGGCCAUGGCGUCCAACAUGGACCGGGAGAUGAUCCUGGCCGACUUCCAGAGAUGGACAGUGGAGGCAUCUUUGAUUCCCUGGGGGAUGACUUCUUGUAAUAAAUCCUGAAAUAUUUCAGUCUGAAUUACCAUACUACAAACACAGACCUCAAAUAUCCUCAAGAACUCAACCAGUAGCAGACCGUACUAGAAUUAGGCUACUAUUUCAGACCUUAAGUCGAUUCCCAGACAACCUCAAGUCCCAAGUGGCUCAAGUCAUUCUAGCUGUCUGAGCCUCAGUUUUCUUCUCUGCAAAAUGGAGGCAUGUACUGGCAUUGAAAACAUUGAUGAAGCUAUUACGUUGCUUGAACAGAAUAACUGGGACUUGGUGGCAGCUAUCAAUGGUGUAAUCCCACAAGAAAAUGGCAUUCUCCAAAGUGAAUAUGGAGGGGAGACUGGGCAAGGGCCAGCAUAUGGACCAGCCAGUCAGUCUGCAGCCUCUGCUUCGGCACCUUCUUCUUCAGCAUUUCGCCCUGUAGUUCCAUCCAGACAGAUUGUGGAGAGGCAGCCAAGGAUGCUGGACUUCAGGGUGGAGUACAGAGACCGAAAUGUAGAUGUGGUCCUGGAAGACAGCUGCACCGUUGGAGAGAUCAAACAGAUUCUAGAAAAUGAACUCCAGAUUCCUGUAUCUAAAAUGCUAUUAAAAGGCUGGAAGACUGGAGAUGUAGAAGACAGUACGGUCUUAAAAACUCUACACUUGCCAAAAAACAACUGUCUUUAUGUGCUUACACCUGACUUGCCACCACCUUCCUCGAGUCAUGCUGGUGCCCUGCAGGAGUCAUUAAAUCAGAACUUCAUGCUGAUCGUCACCCAUCGAGAAGUCCAGCGGGAGUACAACUUGAACUUCUCGGGAAGCAGUACCAUUCAGGAGGUAAAGAGAAAUGUAUAUGACCUUACUAGUAUCCCUGUUCGCCAUCAGUUGUGGGAAGGCUGGCCACCUUCAGCCACAGAUGACUCGAUGUGCCUCGUUGCAGCAGGGCUCACCUACCCUUGUCACCAGCUCACAGUGGGGAGAAGGUCUUCACCAGCACAAGCCCGGGAAGAGUCAGAAGAGCAAUGCACCGAUGUCCACAUGGUUAGUGACAGUGACGGCGAUGACUUCGAAGAUGCUCCUGAAUUUGGGGUGGAUGAUGGAGAGAUGUUCGGUAUUGCAUCCUCUGCACUGAGAAAAUCACCAAUGAUGCCAGAAAAUGCAGAAAAUGAAGGGGAUGCCUUAUUACAAUUUACAGCAGAGUUUUCUUCAAGAUAUGGAGACUGCCAUCCUGUUUAUUUUAUUGGAUCACUAGAGGCUGCUUUCCAAGAAGCCUUCUAUGGGAAAGCUCGAGAUAGAAAGCUUCUGGCUAUCUACCUCCAUCACGAUGAAAGUGUUUUAACCAACGUCUUCUGCUCACAAAUGCUCUGUGCUGAAUCCAUUGUCUCUUAUCUGAGUCAAAAUUUCAUAACCUGGGCAUGGGAUAUGACAAAAGAAGCGAACAGAGCAAGGUUUCUGACGAUGUGCACAAAACACUUUGGUAGCGUGGUGGCUCAGACCAUUCGAACUCAAAAGACAGAUCAGUUUCCACUUUUCCUCAUCAUCAUGGGAAAGCGCUCAUCGAAUGAAGUGUUAAAUGUAAUACAAGGUAACACAACGGUGGACGAGCUCAUGAUGAGGCUGAUGGCUGCAGUGGAGAUCUUCAUGGCCCAGCAGCAGGAAGACAUCAAGGAUGAGGAUGAGCGUGAAGCCCGAGAAAACAUGAAGAGAGAACAAGAUGAGGCUUAUCGUCUUUCACUCGAAGCUGACAGAGCCAAGAGAGAAGCCCAUGAGAGGGAAGUUGCCGAACAGUCUCGUUUGGAGCAGAUGCGGAAAGAACAGGAAGAAGAGCGAGAGGCCAUUCGGCUAUCCUUGGAGCAAUCUCUGCCUCCAGAGCCCAAAGAAGAGAACACGGAGCCUGUGAGCAAGCUCCGGAUCCGAACUCCCAGUGGGGAGUUUCUGGAGCGGCGCUUCCUGGCCAGCAGCCAACUGCGAGUUGUCUUCGACUUUGUGGCCUCCAAAGGCUUUCCCUGGGAUGAGUUCAAGUUGCUGAGCACGUUUCCCCGGAGAGACGUCACCCAGCUGGAUCCCAACAAGUCAUUACUGGAGGUAAACCUAUUUCCUCAAGAAACCCUUUUCCUGGAAGCAAAGGAAUAACGGGAAGCUGACCUCCAGACUGGCCGUUCCUUGGCAGGCCUGCGGCCCCAAGUCAAGAGAAAGGCUUCUCUUCUCCAAACCGCCCCACCCUUCCACCCAGCUCCACUCAGUGUCUCACAUCUCUCUGCCUCUUGCAAGAAUCUUGGAAAGAAUAAUAAACGUAGCUACAUAAAGUUUCCCAUCCAUGAGUAUGUUUUCAGCCCGUGCAGCACGAGCAGAGGAGAAUGUUCUGUCCUGAACACUGUCCCAGCCCAGCCCCUGCAGCAUUUGCCCUAGAAUUAAUGCACCAUUCAUAUGUGAGUGAUUGUUAGUAGAAUUCUGAUGCUUCUGACCCCAGCCUCCCCCGCCCUGUGCCCCGCCAAGCCUCAGACGAGGCCAUCUUCCCUCCUGCCAUUUAGGAUGCUUUCUCUUUGCCACGUCUCAUCGAGCCAGGCCUCUAACCCGAGCCCUAACCCAUGCAUCUGACUUCAUCUCCAGGUCUGAAUUCUGACUUUGUCUCCUGAGUUCAGGAGGCCAGAGAACAAUCCCCACCCACCCACCUCCACCCAAGAUCUCCUCGGGAUGUUCUGUUCUCCGCCUCAGAGAUGAACCAGUGUUGUAGAUGAAGGCAUUGGACUUCCCUCAGUCCCUUCUCUGACUUCUUUGAUGAGGUGUAAGGUUUUGUUUGAAGAAUAGAGUUUGAGAUAUAUGCAAGAUAUUUAUUUUCCAGCUCUGCUUUGGACCCUCCUCCUGAUUCAGUGUAGAAAGUCUUUUCCAUUAUGUUGCAGUGUGUGAACCUGCCACAAUUGUGCAUGAUGUGAAUAUUUAAAUACUCUGAGAAGGCAGCCUGUACCCACCCCCUGGCACCGGCCAGUCCAGGAAGGCACCCGUGGGGCAGACGCCCUGAAUGCAAGCCUUCAGUGCGCUCGCCAUGGAUGGACAUGGUCACCCCGGCCUCCCCGCCCCCUCCCCUCGGUUUUCUUUUCUUCCUUCACUCCACCACCCACCUGAACCUCGUUGCUCCAGGGUUCAGAAGUACUUUGUUUGUGUCACCAGCAAACAGCGUGCACACACAGCCUUAGUGUACACACAGUGGGACAAGGAAGUCUUGGCCUCAUUCCACUCGACAUUGGAGUAUCAGCCUCACGGUGCAAGAAAAAGAAGUCGGUCCUGGCGUCUAGAACGCAUUGCUUCUGCUAUCUGACACAAGCCAAACGUCUCCUCCUCUUUACCUGAAUCGGCUCAGCUCGGAAGACAUCCAUUGUUUGAACCUGCGGAUAAACAGUUUUGAUGUGUUUCAUUUCAUCGGCAGGCUUAAGGGUUUAGGGAAUUGAAUGCACUAUCCAAGCAUCUACUGUGAUUCAAACUUUUUUUUAAUCCUGGAAUACUUUUCCACAUCUGUUUUUAUGAAACUCAUGCUAGCCAAGGGCCUGAUCUGAAUCUUUCCAACUCCAAAGAAAACUCUCCCACUUUAGGCUCUCCGGCUGCCUCUCCAGCCUCAGCCAGGUAUUCACUGGGGACCUCAGACACAAGUGAUCACGAAGCCUGGGUCCUCGCCCUCGGCCGCAAAGGCAGGUGUUGGUGGAGCCAAGAUGUGAGUCUUUCUUCCAAGCCUCCAGAAGGGUUUCUCACAGCCCCCUGCUCUGGCCACCUAGAUAGAUAAACUACACCCUGCUCCCAGCCUCAACCCUGGCCAGAAGAAGGGUGGUUGGCAAUACAGACGGGGAGUUUAAGCAUUUUGCUGCUGACCCUUUUCCUGCCUUCCCAAACCAAGGGUUUUUCCACUUCCAAAAGACACGGUGUGACUCGCUUACAAUGUAGAAGCAUUAGCAUCCUCCUCUUCUGCCCUUCAACUCGAGAGGUCUAGACGUCAUCGCCUGGCUCAGGGGCCAGCCUGCCCCUUCUCAUUUGGACUGACGCCCUGGGUACUCCUCUCCCUCCGUCUGUUGCAGUGCGGCUCAAGUGUGUGUCUCGGCCUCCGUGGUUCCGUCGGCUCCCUUGUGUUCACAGAAUAUCCUUAACGCAAUCACUGCUUUUGUGUAUGAGUGUAAAGAGUUGUCGUCCGUCCGUGCCUGGGACCUCCUCGCAGAUUUUUUUGUUCCGUCGGUUAACCCUUGGAAGGUGGAUGUUUCCAGACGCUUCUGGUUUGCAGCACUGCUGUGCUAAGUCACCAUUCGAUAUGAUGUAAAACCCCGACAUUUCAUCAUCUGUAUUGUGUUUAUCCAAACUUGGAGUUGAAUGAGGGCGUUUUUUUAUGGAACUAUGUUUUUUAAUGUAGCAGAAUGGGACUUUGGCGUUCCUAAAUUGUACCUUUUCGGUGACAUUAGAAACAUAAAAUAAAUUUGCAGUUACACUAAA